AUGAUAAAAAAUAUUCUGCUUACUUGCUUCUAUGGGGUUAUAGUUAUCUUAAGUUUGAUUUUAAUUUAUGUUCAAAGAAAAAUCAAAAGAUUAAGACAUAACCCUGGUCAGAUUAUCUUUGGAAUUCUUAUUUCUCAAUCUGUAUAUUUGAUUAUGCUAAUUAGAUCAUGAGUCUCUUUAUUCUUUUUAGUCAAUUUUAUAAUGUUGAAGAUACUAUAGAUUAAUAGGAAUAUAUGUUAUCAAUCAAUGAAAGAAUUUGUAAAAUGAUUGCAUUACCAUCUUUAAUGGUUUCAAUUAUUUAUAAUUUAUUGAAUAUAUUAUUGAUAGCCAACCUCUAUUGUUAAAUAUAUGCAAAGAAUUAUAAUGAAAUCAAUAUAUCAAAGGAAAUUAAGAUAGGAAUACUUGUAAUAUCAUUGACAUCUUUAUUACUUGUGUUAAUAUUUGAUGAUCUAGGUGUUAGGUAUAAAUAAUACAUUGACUAGUAUUUUAGGAGAUUGCAACUUGGAAUCACAGAAUGUAUUUUCAACAUUUUUGAUUUAUCUAAGAAGUGUUCUUAUGAUAAUAUUAUCAACUAUGUUAAUAAAAUUGUUAAAAUAUCCUCCAGAGAUAUUGUAAACGGAAAUUUAUAAAACUGUAAUUGAUAAAUUCAUAAAGAAAUAUCUAUAGACAUAUAUUAAAGUAAAUGUAGCUUAUGGAUUACUAUAUGUAUUUUCUAGAUUGCUGAUUGUAUAAAUAAUCCUUAUAUAAUGAUAGCCAGUAAUAAUCAAUUACUUUUAGAGUGAUCAAAUAUUAAAAACUGUUUGUUAAUUCAUUUAAGUUAUUGCUACAUUAAUAAUGACUCUAAUUAGAUUACAUGAACCAAUAAUCCAUAGACAUUUUAGAUAUUUAUUUCGUCCAAAAAAAUUGGUAUUGCAACAGAGACUACUGGAUAAGAAUAUUGAAGAGAGGGAAGAUAAAGUCUAAAAGUCUUAUGAAAAUAUACAGAUUGAGACCAAAGGGUAAGACAUAAAUAGCAUUGAAAUAAAAUUAUAUAGAUAAAAAAAGAACAAUUCAAUUUCAUUAUCUUUGGAAUCAUUUUAGCCUCCUUAAUUAUUACCUCAAGAAUCAACUUAUGAAGAUCCAUAAUAGAAUUUAAUAAGUAUAUAACAUGAGGGUCAUAAUAAAUUGAGUCUAUUUCUAUAGGCAAGUUAAGAGAUGUUUGAAGAUUAUCAAUAUUGUCAAAAUAAUGAAUUGACUAGUUUCUAAUUUAAUAAAAUGUAAUAAAAAUCAAUUCAUAUAAACCUUAUUAAUCUUCUCAUUACAACAUAUGGGUAAGAUAUAUUGAGUUACAAAUUGAGAGAAUAUUUUGGAAUAACAUUAAAAUAAAUAAAGAAAUCUUUAGAUAUAGAAAAGAAUAUCGAAUGUAUAUAAUAUUAAGAAAUUAAUCAUGAAGGAACUUUGUUUAUGACGCAUGAUAAUUUAAUUUCAAUGGAAUUUAUAACAAAGGAACAGAAAAGACAAUUAACCAAAGGUGGAGGGAUGUAGUAAUUGUGGUUAAGAUAUGAGUAAGAAUAUUUAUGUGGUUUGGGAAUAUUCUUACCAGUAAUAAUAGGUUUGCAUUCUUAUAAUUUAGAGGAUAAUUCAUAUACUUUGAUAUUUAAAUUAAAUAGAUUAAAAUUGAAAUACCCAUUAAUUAAUGAGUAAUGGUCUCAAUAGUGUGUGUUAAAUAGAUUAAUAGCAUAAAAUAUUAUUGGUUGGAUAACUAUUGACAAUGGAAUUUAUUAUAAGAGAUAUUUAGCAAGAGAAGUUUCAGAUGAGAAUUAUAAGAUUGUACUUAAAAGGAGUGAUUAUUUAAUUGAUGAAAAUGAUAAGUAAUCUCUAAUUGAUAUGAUAAAACGAGAUUACAUUACUAUGUAAUAAAUGAAAUGUUCUAUGACAAUUCAUUUUAUAUUUACAAAAUAUACAUCAUCAAGAUUAAAGACUCUUGUAAGAAAAGAGAAAUUGGUUGAUCAAGAUUUAUCUAUUGAAACAUAAACUAAAAGACCCCUUAAUUCUUAUAUUGGAUAAAUGGCUUCUUUUGAAUUGAAAACUAAAUUAGGUUACGUUGAAGUAUUUUGGGAUGAUUGUUGGAAAUAUAAUGAUUCACACAUUGAUAAAGUCUUAGAAAUUAUCAAUAAUAAAUUUUGA